AUUAAAAUUUAAUAAAUGGUAGGUUCGAGAAGCUUGCAGUGCAACAGCGAGGGUAAAUGCCAAUGUAAACCUGGCGUAACAGGCGAUAAAUGUGAUCGCUGUGCGGCCAAUUUCUACAAUUUCGGCUCACAGGGCUGUACCUCCUGCGAGUGCAGCUUGGCAGGGUCGGUAGACAACGUUCCCAACUGCGAUACUGUCACGGGGGUUUGCGUCUGUAAAGAAAACGUCGAGGGAAAACGCUGCAGAGAGUGUCGACCAGGUUUCUUCAAUUUGGCAGUGGAUAAUGAGUUCGGCUGCACUCCCUGUUUCUGUUACGGCCACUCCUCGGUCUGUCGGCCAGCGACCGGUUACUCGAAACUAUUCAUCGAGAGUAUGUUCGUACGAGGAAACGAGCGCUGGUCCGCAUCCGUAGCCAGUAAUCCGAUUCCGUUGCAUUACGAUGCAUUGACGCAGACGGUUUCGGUUACCGCGCUUGACCGUGACAACGUAUACUUCCUCGCGCCUGAUAAAUUUCUGGGAGACCAACGAGCGUCAUACAAUCAGGAUAUAUCGUUCAUACUGAGGAUAGGGGAAACUGGUCCGGCUCCUACGGCACGCGAUGUAAUUUUAGAAGGUGGAAAUGGCGAGCAAAUCACGCAACCGAUCUUUGGCCAGAAAAAUCGUUUACCGACUGUUACACCUCAAGAAUAUCGGUUCAAGUUACACGAGCAUGGCACUUACGGCUGGCAACCGCGAUUAUCUUCUCGUGCUUUCAUGUCAAUUUUGUCAAACUUGACCGCCAUAAAGAUCCGCGGGACUUAUACGCAUCAAGGCCGAGGAUUUUUGGACGAUGUGAAAUUAGAGACGGCUCAUCGUGGCGCAGCCGGCGAGCCGGCCGAUUGGGUGGAACAUUGUCAGUGUCCUCAUGGCUACGUCGGUCAGUUUUGCGAGUCAUGCGCGCCCGGAUUUCACCACGACCCGCCCAAUGGUGGUCCCUUCGCCCUUUGCGUUCCUUGCAACUGCAAUGGACAUGCCGAUAUUUGCGAGGCUGAGACUGGGCAAUGUAUCUGUCAGCAUAAUACCGCAGGAAGCAAUUGCGAGCUAUGUAGUAGAGGAUAUUAUGGUUAUCCAUUGAAAGGAACCUCGGACGAUUGCAAACCGUGCCCUUGUCCCGACAAUGGGCCUUGCAUUCUUCUAGGCAACAAUCCGGAUCCUAUCUGCUCCGAAUGUCCUAUUGGCAGGACUGGACCUAGAUGUGAAACAUGCUCCGAUGGUUACUACGGGAAUCCUGAAAGAGGUCUCGCUUGCCGUCCUUGCGAUUGUAACAACAAUAUCGACUUAAAUGCAGUUAGAAAUUGUAAUCACGAGACGGGAGAAUGUCUUAAAUGCGUCAAUAAUACAGCUGGCUUUCACUGUGAGGAAUGUCUAGCCGGAUAUUACGGAGACGCAUUGUCGGAUCGCAAGGAAGACGGGUGUAAGUUGUGUCAGUGUUAUCCACCGGGUACUUUGGAACUUGAGGAUGGAAGAAUCGCGCCGUGCGAUCAAUUAACGGGACAUUGCGUCUGUAAGCCACACGUUAUAGGUCGCAAUUGCGAUAAAUGCGAGGAAGGCUAUUACCAUAUUAUGAGCGGGGAGGGUUGCACGCCUUGUAACUGCGAUUUGGAAGGUUCUUAUAAUCGCACUUGUGACCCGAUAACAGGACAAUGUCAGUGCCGACUUGGAAUAACGGGUCAACAUUGUGAUGCCUGUGAACCCUAUCAGUACGGAUUUAGCCGUGAGGGCUGCAAGCCUUGCGAUUGCGACAGUAUCGGUUCCCAGGAUUUGCAAUGUGAUGCAAACGGACAAUGUCCUUGCUUGACGAACGUUGAAGGCAGGCGUUGUGAUCGCUGUAAGGAAAACAAGCAUAACCGUCAGCACGGUUGUAUUGACUGUCCCGAUUGUUACAAUCUUGUACAAUCGGCAGUCAAUGAUCACCGACGACGUUUGGCUGAACUUGAAGAUACCCUUUAUAAGAUCAAUAGCAGUCCAACUGUCAUUAAGGAUUCAGAUUUCGAGAAGGAGCUCAAGAACGUACAAGAUCGAGUAAAAACGUUAUUGACUAUCGCCAAGCGAGGAUCUGGCAGUGAGAAUAAAACGUUAGUGGAACAGCUAGGCGAGCUGCGUGAGCAAUUAAAUACGAUUGACAAGAUCUAUCAAACUGUGGACGUGACGGCGAAUGAUGCACGCGAUAUAACUGAGGAAGGUUUGACGAAUAUCGACGAGGCAGAGAAAGUUUUGGAUAAAAUCUACGAGCAGCUAACGGUAAAUAAAAUUUUGCUCCUUUAUAACAAUUUCAGAUAUUGA